CCAGAAUCCGCAGCUCAGCUGCAGUGAUCUAGCUCAGCCAAGUCUAGCCCCAUAGAGGGAUUAUGGCGGCGUCCAUGUGCGAAAAGCGUGGAAAGUUUGGUCUGUGUAGUUGUCCCCUAAAGUUUCGUUGCCGUAGCUGUAUUCGUCAUUGCUGAACAUGUGCACAAAAUUGAAACGCUAGCCAGAAUUAGUAACAUGUCUGAAGCUUGGAGGUUAGGUUGCGUUGUGUGUGUGUGACUGCGGUGACAAGCCCACGGUCCGACGAAGGCUCGGCGUUCACGCGCCGGCAGCGGUUUGACAACCCGGUGUUUGCACAAAAAAAGGUGUCAUCACGCUGUGCCUGGUGCCGGUCUCCAGAUACUGUGAACGAGAUCCCUGGCUACGCUUUCGCUGCAGUCGCCAAGGUUCAUGGGGCGACAGCGGUGGGGUCCCGUGACGCGGAUGAGCCUGGCUCUGGGUCGCCGCCUGGAGGGUCGCCCCCUGGCGUCGGAGGUGCUCAGCUGUCAUCUGCGCCAGCGAGGUCUUCCCCCGUGGACGUCGUUUCUGGUGCGUUACGCAGCCGUGCGCAACGAUCACUUUGGCUGGUCGCACUUCAACUGGCCCCUGGACGGAGCAAACUACCACGUGCUGCGGACCGGGUGCUACCCGUUCAUCAAGUACCACUGCUCCCAGAGGGCGCCGCAAGACCUCGCCGUGGAGGACGCGUUUUUCCGCCUCCUCAAGCUGCUCAAUUUCGGCAUACCUACGCUGGCUUACGGCCUGGGCUCCCUGCUGGUGAUCCGGCACCGGGAGGUGGUACAGACAUCCCGCGGACCCGUCACCGUCUACUUCCUCUAUCCGGAGGAACCGGGAGCCCAGUACUAAGCUCUGUGGAUGUGCACGAUGCUGUCUUUAGGAAUGUUGCUGAUACUGAAGAGUAAAGCAAGAUAUUGUAGGUUUGUUUCUCGA